AUGAGUUCUUGUAACGAUGACCGUUAUAUUAAAGCAGCAAUCAUUGGCGACAGUGGUGUUGGUAAGACAUCUAUUGUGCAAACAAUGAUUCAUAUGGAGCCAACGUUUGAAACAACCUCAACUCUUGGAGCAACAUACUCGAAUAUUAAAAUAGAUAUAGAUGGCUCGGAAUGCAAAAUACGAAUAUGGGAUACUGCUGGGCAAGAAAAGUUUAGAUCUUUAGCAGUUAAUUAUUUUAGAGAUGCUCAUGUGAUAAUACUAACUUUUGCACUUGAUAGUCUUGACUCAUUUAAGUCUUUACCCUCGUGGCUUGAUUUAAUCAAGGAUAAUUGUCCUCCUGAUGUUCCUGUGGUUUUAGCCGGUAACAAAUGUGAUUUAGAAUUUGAAGUGGAAGCAAGUGAAAUAGAUAAAAUCCAAGUGGUCGAUUAUAUUCAAGUUUCUGCAAAGAAAGACAUAGGAAUUAAAGAAUUAUUUUAUUCAGUGGCUAAACAUGGAAUUGGAUUCAAGUGCAAAGUCAAAGAUGUACCGGAAAAACCAAUAAUUCCACAAAAUAAUCAACCCGAAAAAGCUUGCUGCUAA